GAGCAUGCGCAAAUAAGCCCGGCGGGACACAAGUGUCAUGGCGCGCUCCAUCUGAAGUCUGUGCAGUUUCCUGACAGUGUCUUGUGAUUUUUCUCUCAGUCUGGACAGAUUCAUCUUUCAAGAGGACUUGAAACCAAUUUCAGAUAAUCAAGAUGCCUUCUGCAUCCUGUGAUGUACUGCUGGAUGACAUAGAAGAUAUCAUAUCACAGGAAGAUUCAAAGCCACAAGACAGACAUUUCUCAAGAAAGCAUGUGUUUCCUAAAGUACGAAGGCGGAAUACUCAAAAACAUUUGCAAGAAGAGCCCAGGCCACCAAGUGACAGCACUAUUCCAGGCAUACAGAAAAUUUGGAUACGAACAUGGGGCUGCUCACAUAAUAAUUCGGAUGGAGAAUACAUGGCUGGACAGCUUGCUGCCUAUGGCUAUAAAAUUACAGAAAAUGCAUCAGAUGCAGAUCUGUGGCUCCUGAACAGUUGUACUGUGAAAAAUCCAGCUGAGGACCACUUUAGAAACUCAAUCAAAAAAGCUCAAGAGGAGAAUAAGAAAGUUGUCCUCGCUGGCUGCGUUCCCCAAGCCCAGCCUCGUCAGGACUACCUCAAAGGACUGAGCAUCAUUGGGGUUCAGCAGAUAGAUCGUGUGGUAGAAGUUGUGGAGGAAACAAUAAAAGGUCACUCAGUGAGGCUCCUGGGCCAGAAGAAAGACAACGGGAAGCGGCUGGGUGGAGCAAGAUUGGAUUUGCCGAAGAUCAGAAAGAAUCCGCUGAUAGAGAUCAUUUCCAUCAACACGGGGUGUCUUAAUGCUUGUACCUACUGCAAAACUAAACACGCCAGAGGAAACCUGGCCAGCUAUCCCAUUGAUGAACUGGUGGAGAGAGCCAAGCAGUCCUUUCAAGAGGGUGUUUGUGAGAUAUGGCUGACCAGCGAGGACACCGGGGCCUAUGGCAGAGACAUUGGCACAGAUCUCCCCACACUCCUGUGGAAAUUGGUGGAAGUGAUUCCUGAGGGAGCCAUGCUGAGGCUGGGCAUGACAAAUCCACCAUAUAUUUUAGAGCAUCUGGAGGAAAUGGCAAAAAUCCUCAACCACCCCAGAGUCUACGCUUUUCUCCACAUCCCAGUACAGUCUGCCUCUGACAGUGUGCUCAUGGACAUGAAGAGAGAGUACUGCGUGGCCGACUUCAAAAGAGUUGUGGAUUUUCUCAAGGAGAAGGUUCCUGGAAUAACAAUCGCUACGGAUAUUAUCUGUGGUUUUCCUGGAGAAACCGAUCAGGAUUUUCAAGAAACAGUGAAACUUGUUGAAGAGUACAAAUUUCCAAGCCUCUUCAUCAACCAGUUCUAUCCAAGACCUGGAACUCCCGCUGCAAAAGCCGAACAGGUUCCAGCACACGUGAAAAAACAAAGGACAAAAGGUCUUUCUCGGGUGUUUCAUUCCUACAAUCCAUAUGAUCACAAGAUUGGUGAAAGACAACAAGUGCUAGUCACAGAGGAGUCUUUUGACUCCAAGUUUUAUGUUGCACAUAACCGAUUCUAUGAGCAGGUUUUAGUGCCAAAGAACACUGCAUUCAUGGGGAAAAUGGUUGAAGUCGACAUUUAUGAAUCAGGAAAACACUUUUUGAAAGGACAGCCAGUAUCAGAAACCAGAGUCUAUACACCAUCCAUCAGCAAGCCGCUGGCCAAGGGAGAAGUCUCAGGUUUGACAAAGGAAUUCAGAAAUAGGCUUGGGAAUCAUCUGAAUUCAACUUCAGACACCUGUCCUGCGACUCAACAUGAUUCGGCAUAUUCCAGAAUGGCGCUGCAGAUGUCGCAGUACGACUGUGCUCUGAAGGUGGCUACAGGCCUGGCUCUCGUCGCUCUCCUUUUGCAUUUCUGGCCAGAGUCUAUCUAUUCUUACAAUGUAACUAAGUAAAGUGUCCAUAAGGAGUAAGUUUCUAAUUAGAGCCAUCAACAAACAGGAGAGCAACAACCCCAGUUCACAAGAGACAAUCAUGUGAACUGGACACACUGCUUUGUCUGGAUACCUUCUUAAUGCGCUCACACUGAGCUGAGCCAUUCGACCUCAGACCAGAUCACAGCUUCUGAACAUGCCUUCCUCAUCAAACUCCCUUUGACUUCUUCUUAACAACCAAUGCAAGUGGUUGUGUGGUUGUUCUUUUUUUUUUUUCUUUUUUUUUUUUUUUUAGCUCCAGUCAUUAAGCCCCAGCCUAAGUGCACAGUGGCUCUGCCCAUCCAUCCGUGGCUCUGGCCAUCCUGUCCUUGUGUGGAAGAACAUUAGCCCUUAAACAUUCUCCAGGCUGUGUUUGGAGUCCCCAUGCUACAAACAUUUUUUUUUUUACAGCAGAUGUGUUCCUAAAAAGUUUAUAUAGAAAUCUAUUUUGAGAACUUGGACCCAAGUCCACCACUUAAAGGACUCUUCCUGGUGUUCUAGAAAAUGUGAGGAUUCCAUGCCUGUGGCACCCACAAACUUUCAAACAAACCGUGAUCCUUUCCUGACACACCAGCCAGACAUGCUACAUUUAUUAUUUUGACCCAACACCAUCAGCAGUCUUUACUAACUAAAUGACUUCUUUCACAAUAAACAGAAUUGGUGCAAUAAGAGAA